CCACGCACAGCGUAGCUAAUUCGGAAAGAUAUGGCGGCGUCCAAGCUCUCGACAGACUCCAACACAAACAUCCCAGACUAUGAAUAUGUUGAUGUAAACACCAAACCAUUUCAUAUCGGCUCUUUCAGAACCGAGUGGCUGAACAGACUGAAGCCGAGCAACUACUCCUACCAGCCGGAGGACGAGGACACGUUUGAUGCUAACUUUGCGAAACAGAUGGGGAUCGGUGCGGAGACCAUGACUGAACUGAAAACCAUCUGCAGUGUUGAUUCACUCCGUUGCCAUCCUAAGGAUCAGCAGCCUGAUACAGACGUUGUACCUCCAGACCCAACACUGAAAACACUAGUGCAAAGAAAAAAGAGACAAGAUUACAGAGCUUCUCUAAAAGUCAGCAAGAACAGACACGACCUCUAUGCGGAUGAACUGGAGCGUUUAACUGUCGGUAGAAAACCAGAAGCAGUGGCUAACAUGAUCCCUGAAGGAGAAGUCAUGCUAACCAUCAACGUCUACUACCCAGCUGUUAUUGAGAAAUUUACCCAUGUCAGACCCCACAUGACUCUGCUAAUGACGGGCUCCCACAGUUUGGCAGAGCUCAGGGACGCCAUCUGCUGCGUCAGCGACUUGCAAGUGUGUGGAGAGUUCAGCAACACGCCGGACAUGGCUCCAGACUUCAUCAGCAAAGAGCAUUACAAGUCAGCUUUCUUUUUCUUCGAAGGAGUUUUCUAUAACGACAUGCGAUUCCCCGAGUGUCAGGACAUCAGCAUGACUACCAUUGAAUGGGCAAAGGCCCACAACUUCCCCACCUACAGCCAGGCCAAGAUGGAGGACACACGAUUUGUGGAUCUGACAGUGAAAGUGGGCUUCCCGUACCUCUACUGUCAUCAGGGAGACUGCGAACAUCUUGUCAUCAUCACAGACAUCAGACUGACCCAUAAGAACGACUGCCUGGAUAAGAAGCUGUAUCCACUUCUCACACACAAGCACAGGGUCUCCACCCAGAAGUGUGCCGUUUGCCAUGUCUACAUUGGAAGAUGGUUUACUACCAAUGAUCAGUUUGCUCCGAGUGACCCAUGUCUCUUCUGUGACAAGUGCUUCCGGAUGCUGCACUACGAUGCUCAAGGCAACAAGCUGGGAGAUUUCCUGGCCUAUCCUUAUGUGGACCGUGGUGCAUUUAACUAAUGCUUUUGUUUGGUGAACUGUUCAGAUCACUAUUUUUUUUUUUUUGCUGUAUAAUACAGUUAAAUGUUUUAUAUUUCAGAAAGAAAUGUUUCAAAUGUAUUCUUUAAAAAGCAGUUUUUGUGUUUUUGGACUAAUGAUUUGAUUUUACAGACUUUGUUUGAAAUAAACAUCAAUAUUUACUGGAAAA